GAUUAUCUGUAAAGUCAGAAGUAGCUUGAAGUCAGAGGUUGCUGAAGAUGACUGGUCGUGGCAAGGGUGGAAAAGGUUUGGGUAAAGGUGGGGCGAAGAGGCAUAGAAAGGUUCUGCGGGAUAAUAUCCAAGGCAUUACGAAACCUGCUAUUAGGCGUCUGGCUCGUCGUGGCGGUGUGAAGCGCAUAUCUGGCCUUAUUUAUGAGGAGACUCGUGGCGUGUUGAAAGUCUUUCUGGAGAAUGUUAUCCGCGAUGCCGUAACAUACACUGAGCAUGCAAAGCGGAAGACCGUGACUGCAAUGGAUGUGGUCUAUGCUUUGAAGAGACAGGGCCGUACUUUGUAUGGCUUUGGAGGUUAGAGGCUUCAUAUGAUGGGCGCGUAACAUACGCAGCACAAACGGUCCUUUUCAG